GUGGAAGCAACUAGCGGGGCUUUUAUCACUUUUUGUGUUCUCCAAUAUUUCAGAGGGCGUCUUCUUAAAUAAAGACCAAAGUGACAAACAACAUUAUUGGAGAAGGCUGGCCUGAUCAAAUUCCAGUUGUUAUCUCUUCUGGGAAUUUAAAAAUUGUUUUUUGGAAAGCCCCAGCCUGAGGAAAAUCGAACCGAACCUAGACGCCCCGCGAUUAGCAUCGUUAUUCCCGAUUUGGAGUUCUAAUGUUUUCGCCUUGUGUUUGAAUCUGAAGCUGGGGAUUCGGUCUCGUUGGUGAAUCACACGGGAAAAUUGGAAGCUUUUCGAACAAUGAAGCCCCUGAAUACUAUAUAUGAUCUGAUUGAAGAGGCCAAGGUCCGAACAGUUUGGUGGGCCCUUUCUAUAUUCGCCAUUACGUAUUUCUUAACUCAUACAAGUAAGUCAAUGUGGAUGAAUGUACCCAUCUCAAUUCUACUUGUUUCUGCACUGCGCAUUCUUUUGAAUAAGGUGGAGUUCCGUUGGAAGGUUAAACCACCUAGGUCACAGACAUACUUAUCUCAUUUGGAGAAGAGACAAUUCUCUCCUAAUGAUCCACACCUCUCUACUCCACCUCCCCCUGCAAAAUGGAAGAGGAAAAUUGAUUCUCCAGUUGUGGAGGCUGCAGCUAGUGAUUUCAUUGAUAAAAUAUUGAAGGAUUUUGUCAUAGAUUUGUGGUACUCAGAUAUUACUCCAGAUCAAGAGUUUCCUCAGCACAUUCAUGCAAUUAUAAUGGAUGCUCUUGGUGAAAUAUCUGGAAGGCUUAAGGAGAUUAACCUUGUUGACUUGCUGACAAGGGAUAUAGUUGAUCUAGUAAGUGAUCACUUAGACCUUUUCAGAAGAAAUCAAGCUCUUAUAGGUGUUGAUGUUAUGUUAACCUUAUCUUCCGAGGAGAGGGAUGAACGAUUGAAGUACCAUCUCUUGAAUUCUAAGGAGCUUCAUCCUGCACUUGUAUCUCCUGAGAGUGAGUACAAGGUUCUUCAGAGACUAAUGGGUGGGGUAAUUGCUAUAGUACUCAGACAACGAGAAGCUCAAUGCCCUGUGAUUCGAUCUAUAGCUAGGGAAUUAUUAACUUGCUUGGUAAUACAACCUAUCAUGGAUUUGGCAAGCCCUGGGUAUAUUAAUGAACUGAUCGAAACCCUAGUGCUUAUCUUCAAUGAUGGGGGCGCACUUGGGGUGUUCAGUGAUCAAUCUUCUUACACGGCUAGUCAUCAUCAUGGGCGUUCUGCUGUUGCUGGGAUUAGUCAUGAUGGUAAUACAGCCUUGAGUCAGCAAGAUCCUUUGCAGGUCAGACAUGGUGAUUGGGCGCGAGGGUUAGAUGCCGCGACUCAGAGAAGAACUGAAGUUCUUAUGCCUGAGAAUCUUGAGAACAUGUGGACAAAAGGAAGGAACUACAGAAAGAAAGAGAUAAAAAAAAUGAAAGUAGGCUAUCAAGAUCUUCCUGCAAAGAGUCCUGUUAGAGAUAGCGUGGAGCCUGACGAAAAUUUGACUGUGGAAAAGUCAGCAAGUAAUCCUUUAAAGUAUGCAGUUCCAGAAGUGAAGUCUUCACUGCUGCCAAUGGGCACCUUGAGUUCAGAUCCGUUGAUAAAUUUUAGGAGCACAAAUGAGCCAGCGUCUUCUCAGAACCCUGUCAAGGGGUUAUUAUCUGAGGGAGAACAUCAAGUUGAUGAAGUGAAGGAUACUGAGGCUGUUGCUAAUAAAGGUCGGUUCAAGAAAUCCAACAGUACUUCUGACUUGGCAAUUCAACCACAGAAAGGGGGAGGGCCCAUAAUUUCAGAGUUCUUUACCCCUGAUUUUGGGAGGCCCGGUGAAGGAUUUCGGGGAAAGAGUGCUUCUGACAUGAUUGUUAGGAAAGAGGGGCAACUAUUUCCCAAGCUUCGGUGUCGGGUUAUGGGGGCAUAUUUUGAGAAACUUGGGUCCAAAUCUUUUGCUGUUUAUUCAAUUGCAGUGACAGAUGCACAAAACAGAACUUGGUUUGUGAAGAGAAGAUACAGGAAUUUUGAGCGAUUGCAUCGGCAUCUAAAAGAUAUUCCCAAUUACACACUACAUUUGCCUCCUAAAAGGAUAUUUUCUUCGAGCACAGAGGAUUCUUUUGUCCAUCAGCGUUGCAUUCAGCUUGAUAAAUACCUUCAGGAUCUCCUGUCAAUAGCUAAUGUUGCUGAACAACAUGAAGUAUGGGAUUUUUUGAGUGUUUCCUCAAAGAACUACUCAUUUGGGAAAUCUUCCUCAAUGAUGAAGACCCUGGCAGUCAAUGUGGAUGAUGCUGUGGAUGACAUUGUACGCCAAUUUAAAGGGGUCUCAGAUGGUUUAAUGAGAAAAGUAGUUGGUUCAACAUCUCCAACCAAUGAAAGUCCUUCAACGUCUAUCUCAUGGAAUUUGUCUUGGAAUUCAGAUGAAAUCGAUAAAAGUGUUCCUAGGCAAAAUAUGGCAGAUACUGUUCUAAGCUCUGACACUGAGGAAGGUGAGAAAAAUGCUGAUAUUGGCCCUGAGGGUGGUGAUGGAGAAGGAGUACAAUCUCAUGAAUGGCAUUCUGACAAUGAAUUGGGCUCAAAGGGUUAUCCCCCACGGGUGAUAAACCAAGCUGGAGUGUCUGGUAAAUUGGAUCAAGAGAGAAAACGUGGUUUGGUUGUUGAAGCCAGGUUUGGCAAGGACGUACCAGCUACAAAUUUCACCAUGAUUCCUAAUAAUUUGGAGGAUCCAGCAGCUGUGCCACCAGAGUGGACGCCACCAAAUGUGAGCGUGCCUAUUUUAAAUUUGGUUGACAAUGUUUUUCAGCUUAAGAAAAGAGGCUGGCUACGAAGACAGGUCUUUUGGAUAUCAAAGCAGAUACUACAGUUGGUGAUGGAAGAUGCAAUUGAUGAUUGGCUGUUGAGGCAGAUUAAUUUGCUCAGGCGGGAGGAAACUAUUGCCCACGGAAUUCGGUGGGUUCAAGAUGUGCUGUGGCCUGGCGGUACAUUUUUUACUAGAGUGGGGGCUCCUCAGAUGUCAACUGAUGACGAUGACAUGCAUAAAAACCUUUUUCAAACAAUGAGUGGAUUCAGUGGAAGCAAGAUCACUAAAUGUGGGUCAGGCUCCUUUGAGGAACAACUGGAGGCUGCUCGCAGGGCUAGUGCUGUCAAGAAACUGCUCUUUGAUGGAGCUCCAACUGCGUUGGUCAGCUUAAUUGGGCAAAAGCAGUACAGACGUUGUGCCAGAGACAUAUACUAUUUUAGUCAGUCUACUAUUUGCGUGAAGCAACUUGCUUAUGCAAUCCUCGAACUUCUACUCAUAUCAAUAUUCCCCGAGAUGCGGAAUCUAGUCUUGAGUGUUCAUGAGAGCAUGCGUGUUCACCAACCGGUAUAGACAUGUCAGAGUGGCCUGCAUAUGUUCUGGUGGAGAUCAUGGGACUUGGAAAGGUCAAGUCUUUGUUUGUGACAUGGGUUUUUCUUCACGGCUUUUGCCUGUUUGGUUUCUCUUUGAUAAGGUGUCAGGAGCAAUGUUUAAUGUGUUGUUUUUUUUUUUUCCAGCUCUCACUGUACAAAGUUUAGAUUUAGGUUCAUGUACAGGAAUACCUCUUUUUUCUUUUUGGCCCCUUUUUUGUGGAUUCAUCUUGCACUCUUUAGGCAUAACCAUGCCCUAGGGUGUUUGUAUUGAUGCUGACACGAUAAUUUAGUGUAGUGAAUAUUCUUUAUUCGUUCGACAUUGGGAUCUGUCUGUCUCGGGCAUUUUCUGAACAUUUAUUUUCGCUCUUAU